CUUCCCGCUUGCCCAUCCCCAGCAGCUCGUAGCGCAGACUGGAGAUGUCCCGCUUGAUUUCAUUCAACUCGCCUGAGGGACAAGAUGUUUUUUCGACGGGGACGUCGGGAGACAUAGUGUGCAUGUUCGUGCGCGCGUAGGUGAGCGAUGUCGAGCCUCCAGCAAGAGAGAGACGCUCUGCUUGAGGAGCAGAAGGUCAACCGAGAGCGAGCUCGCAGAUGUGUGCAGGAGACCAACCGCCGAUGCAGGGAUCUGAGGGAGAAACAAAGGCUGUGGGUUCUGCAGGAGCAACGGCGGCGCGAAGAAGUGCUGCAGCAGCGCCGGCAGAAGAUCCAAGAUGUGACUGAGCACUUCCAGAGGGCUUACGUGCCGCCCUCCCAGAGGGCGACCCAGAGCGAGCGCCUCACUGCUGGAAGAGACUACCCAAAUUUGGAAGACGCGCUCAGUCAAAUUCGAGGCCCCGCGCUGCCGUCCAACAUCAGCAGUCAAAGGAUCAGCACCCCGUCUUCCAGACCUGCCGUUGGGUUGUCGGAAUCCCCCCUUCGCCACACACCCGUUGUGGUUCAGGCCGGCGUAGGAUGCCAAGAGCAGGGCCCGUGUGUCAGGAGGUGGCAGGAGCUUCCGAAAAGGCAGGAGAGGCAUCAGGAGCACAGUGGACAGGAAGACAAUGUGUCCUGUUGCUCCAAGUCUGACAGCUUGUCCAGCCAAGACAGCCUGGAGAACGAAGAACCCGCCAAAAGCGCCGUCCUGCACUACUCCGAAAAGCCCGUCCAAGACCUCAAAAGCCCCAACGACCCCCAUCCUGUGUCGUCGGGGACCGGGCCCACUUUUGUCGCCGUGAAGCCGCACUUCCACAGAUUGCCCGUCGACCUCAACUACAACCUGCCCACCCAGAAGGAAACGUGUGCCUCCAUGAAUAACCUCAACAAGUUCUCAGCAGACAUCAAUGUUUGGAAGCACAUGAACACAGCAAGUCCAAAGUGCCGCCGAAGUCAAGAAUCCAGUGGGUCGAAGAGCUCGUCACCCGCAGCCUGCAGAGUCCAACUCAUGAAAGGCAUCCUUAAAACCUUGCCCGGCGAAACACCUGCAGAAUCCCCUCAGACUCACGCUAACUCCGUCAAACCCGUUCAGUUUUUGGUGUGCGACAGCAUCGAAGUAGCCAGGGCCAGGUCCAAAACCGGUGACUACAAAAAUGCCUCCAAGAAGCUGCGCUGGCUCGACGAGGAGGCGGGGGGACCAAAUGGGGCGCGACCCAGAGAUGCCCAAUCCCAGCCGUGGGCAGACGUGGGGGUUCAACUCAGCACCGGCGUAGCGGGGCCUCUCGUCCCUCGGGGGGAUUACCCUGCCAGGGUCGGAGUGAGUCCGGUUUCCUCAGGCUUUGUCACCCAAUCGCCCAUCCCGGUGGCCAGGAUCCGGGGGGAAUUGCAGGCCGCGUCAAAGCACGCGGCCCCCACCAAGAGCCCGUACGGUGGGGACCAGGUACGUGCCCACCAUCAGGUCGCUCGUCUGCCUCCCGACGAUGUUGCACACAAGGACACGCAGCGACUUAUGACGGGCGACGGCGGCGUCAUCAACGCGCACUUGCCGUCCUCAUUGAGCCGCCCCACGUCCGAGAUCAGCUGGAAAGGCUCGCCAGCUUCCGGCCAUCUCUUAACGCCGGGGGGGAGUGUGAGAGGUCGGGGGGUGUCAUAUGAGGAAAAAGUACUCGACCGCACCCCCACCGACUCAGAGAUCUUUCAGCUCUGCCAGGAUGUCCGCAGCGCCUUCAUCAGCAAUGCGGGACAACAACAGGACACUUCAUUAGUUGUCCCAGAGAAAGCCAGGACCCCCAGCUCUCAGGUUUUGACGAGUGGGCGGGCCAGUAACAAAUCUGGUGCGGAUCAGAACCGACGACCUUCCGGUUCAACCACGAAAAAACCUCCGGAAUUCUUCAAGAUUACAUGUCUCCAUGCUACAAAUCCAGUCGGACCAUCUCCCAAAGGAUAUCACACAGAUCACCCAAACAAAGGCGUCAAAACCGUCAGCCAGCGCCGUCUGACCGACGCGUACUCUUACGGGUCACUGGAGGAACGGGUCGGCAAAGCGCCGAGGACGACGUCGCAGCCGCCUCAGCAGCAGUACCAGCGCCGACCCCCGGCGGCCACGUCCAUCUCAAUGGAGGAGCAGAGAAUCUUUCAGUCUCUGGACCGACUGAACUGCCAGCUGCACCGCAAAGGUGGUUUGCACUGACCAGCAUCUGGACUCAAGUCUACCAUCCCAGCGCGAUAGCAGCAGGAUCGCUUUAUGUAACAAGCUUCCAGGUGAAAUGGGUUUUGCUACCUUGAAACCAAGUGUGCCUUAUUUAGGAACAUUCAGAAGCAUAAACAUAAUUAAAAAUUCAUUACAUUGAAGUCAUUUAAAAUUCUAAUUUCUUACUAACUUUUGACAGUUCAGCCAGACAUCACUCAAUACCAGGGGGGGAUUAUCUUUCGUUUAAAAAGAAAACCCAAAAUAAAACUGCCUGGAUUUUCAACUGCAGGCUAGAGUGGCUGAUUUUUUUCCAUCGUUUUGUUGAUUUGUUUUUUCUUUGCUGCUUUGCUGAAAUCUGUAUCUAGAAAUUGUGUUUUGUGAAUUUUUGCAGCAUUUAACAUGAAUAGAAAUACCAGAUCAUGAAUGUUUAAGCGGUCUCAUGGAAUUCUUAUUCUCUCAGGCGCUGAUUGGGUGCUGGUAACAUUUUCAAAUAGAACACUUGUAGGUUUUAAGCAUUAUGAUGACAUCCAAUCAUAUCAUCCUUCAUGCUGGGAAGACAUAACUGAAUU